UUGCAGAGACGGAGUACAACAACAAGGGGGACACUGACGAAAGUCACUGCGGCUCAUAAAGCACAGAAUUAAAGACGUUAAUAAAUAAAAAGUGAAGCCCGGCACAGACGGCGACAUGCGGGCCGCACAGAGAGGAAUCUGCUGGAAACUUUUUCUAUUUUCCUGCGUCUUCUUGGAGAGCUCGUCUCAAGACUUUGGCGGACAGACGCAGUUCAUUUGCACGUCCGUACCCAAGGAUAUGGACAUAUGCUCGGCCACCUUGCAGAACAGUGUGCCGGGAGAGGACCUGAAGACCACGGUUAUGCAGCUGCGGGAGACGGUUUUACAGCAGAAGGAGACGAUCAUGAACCAAAAAGAGACUAUCAGAGAGCUCACCUCCAAGUUGGCUCGGUGUGAGAGCCAGAGCGGCGCAGACCUCGGAGACGCGCGGCCCGGGGGCAGGAGGAAAGAAGCGGGGACCAAAAACACGAUGGGGGACGUGUCCAGAGGCCCCGCGGACACUUUGACGCAACUAUCACAGACUUUGCAGUCGCUGAAGCAGAGAUUAGAGAAUCUGGAGCAAUUCAGCAGAAGCAACAACUCGGUGCAGGCAAACAGCCUGAAAGACCUGCUCCAAAGUAAAAUCGACGACUUGGAGAAGCAGGUGCUGUCCCGAGUGAACAGCAUCGAAGAGGGCAAACCCGGACUCCGGAAUGAGACCGAGCAGCGUGGGAGAGUGGAGUCCACACUCACAUCGCUACACCAGAGGAUCACCGACCUGGAGAAAGGUCAGAGAGAAAACAGGCCGCUGGAUAAAUUUCAGCUCACGUUCCCACUGAGGACCAACUACAUGUACGCAAAAGUGAAAACGAGUUUGCCAGAGAUGUAUGCCCUCACCGUGUGCAUGUGGCUCAAGUCCAACGCCUCCCCGGGAGUGGGCACACCUUUCUCCUACGCAGUUCCUGGACAGGCCAACGAGCUGGUUCUCAUAGAGUGGGGGAACAAUCCAAUGGAGAUUCUAAUAAAUGACAAGGUAGCAAAGCUGCCAUUUCUCAUCAACGACGGAAAGUGGCAUCAUAUCUGCGUGACUUGGACAACUCGUGAUGGUGUUUGGGAGGCUUUUCAAGAUGGUGUCAAGAGGGGGAGUGGAGAAAACCUGGCUCCCUAUCAUCCCAUCAAAUCUCAGGGCCUGCUGAUCCUUGGCCAAGAGCAGGACACGCUUGGAGGAGGGUUCGACGCCACGCAAGCUUUUGUAGGAGACCUGGCAAAUUUUCACAUCUGGGAUCGUAAACUGUCCGUGGGAGAAAUUUACAAUCUAGCGACAUGCAGCAGCAAAGCACAAGUGGGCAACGUUUUUGCAUGGAUGGAGACCAGCCUCGAUAUUUAUGGUGGUGCCUCGAAGUGGACAUUCGAAGCCUGUCGCCAGCUCAACUGAACUGAACUGUAGGGAAGAGAAUCUCAGUGGUUUUUGCUAAAACCAGUGUUGUCACGGCCUCGGUAAACUCAUUCAAAAGGUCAGCCAAUCUGAGGAGAUUGUGUCAGUGAAUAGCGCCUGGGUUGUCAUAGAUAUUUGAAAACAUCACUUGUGGGCAGUUUGAUAGAUAUUUUACCAGAUUCUCAUGUGGGAUGGGCCACUGAAAAAUAAAAGGGGAGCGCUCCGACACCCUGUGGUGCUUGAAUGCGCAUCCGGGAGGAGCAGGUGAUGCCAUUCCAGUGAGCAGAGGUCGCCCUCAGAGACCAAAAUGACAGGCCAGCAUCAAAAAUACAGUAAGAGGUCAUGUAGUUUUUAGAGAACAGAUGUCACACUAGUCUGGCUGUCAUGACUGAGUCCUUCAUAUGUCUUUUUUCUGUCUCGACUGCCAGCGAUUUUCACUGUGAAAAAAGGCCAGGUGGACUUUUUUGUUUUUUGAAAGGAUUGUGUUCUUCAAGAGGUUACGAACUAGACAACAUUGUUUCUCUGUCACUCUUCUUUCUCUAACCACCACCCUGCUUGACGUGAUUUUUGUCUGAAGAAUGAUGUAUAUUUAUUGCCAAUGUUUGAGCCUGAGUGCCUUGGGCUGUUGAAAAAUAUCUCAGCACAUCCAUGAUCAUUUGCAGAGUAUUUCUGUGUUUGUAUUUAUUUUCGUGUAAAUUAUUUUCCAAGGGGGAGUUUCCUGUGACACUUUAAAUUGAGGAAGGGUCAGAUUGCUUAUGGUAAAAUGCAAAUCACUGAUGCCAAUGGCACAUUUUACAGAUGCUUGUACUUCAGUCGUAAUGUUUCCUGUACAGUAACAGCAUGUCUUAACUUCUGUAAUGCUGCGUCAGCAUCUAUGAUCUCUGCUUUUACUAUUCUACCUUUGGGUUGAGGUUUUAUACUGUAUUGUUAUAUGCUUAAAGCAUGGCAACACUGACAGAUGAAAAAAAAGUUCUAGUUUUUGUAAUAAAUUGU